AUGUUGAGCGACGCGGUCGUCGAAAAUGGUCAGGGAUAUCGCGAGGGCAGUACGCGAUGGAGGGAAGAAAUCAGUGAAGUACCAGAAGAUUCGGAUGAAGUAGAAGCAGGAUACAUAUCCAGCGACGAAUCUACUCAUGCACCAGAUCUUGGGGGUCGAUUGCGGGUUAAAUGUAGGGAUAUUUGGGACUUAGAAGAAGUGCAAUACGCUCUUCGACAUUUACCUAAUGCUGAUGAAAUAUCCAGUCUACUAGAGACAGGACACUCUGAAGACACAGUAUCAUUCGUGUCACAGGCAGAUGAACAUAGGUUACGUACAGCUGCGCUAUGGGCGUGUUGGUUGCGGAAAAAUUCGCUGUUGUCGAAACUGCUCAAAAUCGGGGCUGAUCCUAAUAGCUCUGAUGACGGUGGGAGGUCAUGUCUACAUCUUACAUGUUUGCUUGAUAACGAGGAAGGUACAAACCUUUUAUUGGAUUAUGGGGCAGAUCCAAAUAUAUGGGAUUCAACAGUUGAAAGAAAAGCCACACCCUUGCAUUGUGCGGCAAGCGCAAAUUCCUUGUCUUGCGUGAUGACUUUAAUAAAGCAUGGGGCUGAUGUGAAUGCAGGACUAAGUGAACACUCUCCUUUACACUACGCCGUACUUAGUGACGCGCCGGAAGUAGUAAAUGCGUUGUUGGAAGCCGGUGCUUGUCCUGACACGCCACAGGUGUUUACUGAAACUCCCCUACACGUCGCAGCAUCAUUAGGUUCUGCGUCGUGUAUGAAGCUUUUAUUAGACGCCGGUGCAGACGUUCGUGCCGCAUUCGGACCGGGGAGAGCAACAGCCUUACAUUUAGCGGCUGUGGACGGUCACGCUGAAUGUGCAAUUCUGUUGCUUGAACAUGGCGCACACAUAGACUGGCCUAAUUCUAGAGGACAAACUAGCCUUCAUUUAGCGGCUUUGGCUCAAUCAGUAGAAGUAGUGGAACUCUUGGUAUCAAAGCGAGCAGAUGUAAGAGCAAGGGAUAUUGAUGGGAGAACACCUCUGCACGGCGCCAUUGUAAGAGGCGCACGUGCAUGUGAUGUUGCGAGGAUGCUAUUAGCCGUGGGGGCAGAUCCUAAUGCGCCAGACAACUUUGGAUACACGCCUGUCCACAUUGCCGCAUUAAAUGAGUUUUCAGCGUGCGUUUUAUUGCUUUUGGACUACGGAGGAGAUGUAACAUUAAGAACCAAUGGUGGAGUAUCUGCAUUAUCGUUUAUUGUCCGACGCGUUCCCGAUGUGAUACCUCGAUACUUGUGCAAGUUCGACGACGCAGUACAUGUGAGCGAGCAUGAAAUUGGUGAUGUAGAUUGCGAAUUUACUAUUGACUUCAGACCAAUAGUACCUUGUCUUGCGAGAGGAGAAGCGGAAUUGCUUUUAGCAUUUGUGGAGAUACCAACAUGGUAUAGAGGCAAUGGUGUAGCGAACGCAAACACUUCAAACUGGCAACACGAUGUUGCAGCUAUUACAAUAUUCUUUUGCUGGCUGGAAUUAAUGAUGAUAAUAGGACGUUUUCCUACGUUUGGUUUAUACGUACAAAUGUUUACAACAGUGACCGUGAACUUUGCCACAUUUUUGAUGGCAUAUAGCUGUUUGCUGAUAGCCUUUGGAUUAGCAUUUAGCGUACUCUUCAGCAACUAUCCAGCUUUUCAUUUACCAGCUGGUUUAGUUAAAACAGUUAUGAUGAUGUCCGGAGAGUUGGAAUACGAAGACAUAUUUUAUAAUAACUGCACAAAUUCACAAAUACACUAUCCCCUAACCGCUCACGCAAUGUUUUUGAUAUUUGUUCUUCUUGUAACAGUUAUAUUAACGAAUCUUCUAGUUGGAUUGGCCGUCAGCGAUAUUCAGGCAUUACAAGAAAGCGCUGGUCUAGACCGUUUGGUUCGACAAACGCAACUAGUAGCCCAUCUAGAGAGCAUGCUGUUUAGUUCGCUAUUGUCUUGCGCACCGCAACAACUACUUGCAGUGUUGCGAUGGGGAGCGCUUUUAACUGCUUCACAUAUGCGAACUUUAAAUAUAAGGCCGAACGAUCCUAGGGAGAAUAGGAUACCAAGGGACUUAAUAGCUUCUAUUUACAAAUUGGUGGCAAGUCGGAAGGAUACAAAGAAAAGUAUACGUAAAAAUAAUAAUUACGAAUGUCGAAUUCAAAAAUGCAGAGAAGACGAGGACGUAGAAAGGCAACAAGUUAAGAGGAAAAGUUAUUUAUAUGAUAGGUUUUCAUGUGAAAGUCAAAAUGUGGAGAGACGAAAGAAAACUACAUCUGGCAAUGUGGAGAAUAGAAACAGACCAAUGUCAUUCACUAUUAAUGCAAUACAAGAAAUCUGUAUGGUCGAUGUGAAGAAUCAAUUAGCAGAUUUAACAAAGAAAAUAAAUAAAUUGAUAGAAGUAACGGAUUCAAGAUUGAGUUUAAUUGAAAUGAAAUUGCAGGAAACGGAACCACCA